CAAGAUAAACAGACUCUUUAGAAUUCUACUCUUAGCUUAUAUUUUUAUAUUUGUGUAAAGGAGGAUAAGGUGAAUGAAGUUGAAUCGACACCCUCAGUGCUGAAUUAGCUCUUUACAGAGUAACACUUUGGAAGCUAAUUUAACACUUUUGGCAAGAAUAUGACCAAGCUCCACCUUGAGCACACACUUCGAGUUUAUUUAUGGAUUUGAAUCCGACUCAUUUUGUGUCCUGAUCUUCAGCUCGUCGUUUUUCCACGUCAGACCCAUAAGCCACGCUGCUUUAGUGUCGCACUUCAUGCAGAGUGUUGUGGACGCGCGUCUCUUUUGCGCACGGGCUUAAUAUUGCGCGCUAAAUCGAGCAGACGGCUAAAAAAAAAAAAAAAAAAAAAAAAAGGGCGGAUUGAGUGCAAAUUUUCGGCAAGUUCCGAGCUCCUCCCCCUCCACGAUGAAGCUGUUAACACGGAUUCUGCUAUAUUCCUAAUUUCCCGGCGCAGCGUCCUCCGUCCUAGAUGCACACAAAGCCAACAUCUCAGCGCGCGUGACUCAACUUUUCCUUUUUUUUCCUUUCCAAAAGAGGGGGGAAAACGGAGCUCUUUUUGGUUUCGUGUACUGUCCUGGCCAUGGGAGAUCACAAAGCACCGACCAUGGUACAGAGGUCGAGUUCGUUUAGCAUCAAGAGCCUCCUGCUGCCGUCCAAGUUUGACAGCCAGGGCGCAGGGGUCGCGGAAAAUAGCGCGACUCCGGAUUCGGAAAAAUCCUCGGAACCGACGGAAAUGGACUCCACACCCCUGCAGCAGCGAGGUGAGGACGACUCGGGAGCGGAAGCGGGGCGAAAAAGCGGCAAACACGACAAACCGCCGUUCAGCUACAACGCGCUCAUCAUGAUGGCCAUCCGCCAAAGUCCCGAGAAGCGGCUCACGCUCAACGGCAUCUACGAGUUCAUCAUGAAGAACUUCCCGUACUACCGGGAGCACAAGCAGGGCUGGCAGAACUCCAUCCGGCACAAUCUCAGCCUCAAUAAGUGCUUCGUGAAAGUGCCGCGCCAUUACGACGACCCGGGAAAAGGGAACUACUGGAUGCUGGAUCCGUCCAGUGAUGACGUGUUUAUCGGUGGAACUACGGGAAAGCUCCGGAGGAGGUCCGCGACAUCACGGGGCAAGCUGGUGAUGAAACGAGGCCUGCGUUUCGCCCCACUCGGACUCGGACUCGGAGAGCGCGCGAGCAACCCGCUCUGCUGGCAGCUGUCUCCGUUUCUGCCCUUACCUCACGCGCACUACAACGGACCCACGCACGGGUUUCUUAACCAAGGACACGCGUACGGGUCUCUGCUCCCGAGCAUGGAGCCCAUCACCAGCGUGGAUAUCGCCCGCCCCGUGCUCGGACCCUGUACCUCCGGUGGCUACAGCGCGAGCUCUGCGCCCACGGGAUUACUCUCAGCGCACAACGGCUAUUUCGUGGCAGGAGCGCAGCAGCAGCAGCAUGCGCAGGCGCAGGCGCUCCAGUCCGGCCCUGCUUACGGGAUCUCGAGCUCUCCGCCGCCGCUGCUCGCGGAUUCUAGGACCACGUUACCGUCUUUCUCGUCCAGCGGCUUUUCGGGAGUUUUGUCACAACAUAAAAGACUCGCGCCUCAUUCUUUCCUGAGCUGAGCGGCUUGUUCGGGUUUCGCGCUCAGCAAAAAGCCGACUGUUGCAUUAACGCGUCCAGCUGGACACAAAUCAGCGCUGUGAGUUUCAUCUCAGCACUAACACUUACCUGAACACUGUAGCUGUUAUUUCGAGUUUAGAUAUGAAUAUUUAUUAAACACUAAAUUUCAUCCAACACCGGAAUAUUUGCUGCGCAUCAGAACCGAGUGACACUAAAAACCCUUGAAUGUGCAGAUCCUCCUGUUAUGUUCCACAAGGACCAAGUCUUUGUCAAUCUGUUGACUUUUUUCUAUUUAAAUAUUUAGUAAUAAUGCAACAGUAACUGAAGUAUGACGUCAUGCCAAAGGCAAUACACGUUUCAAUUAUUAUUAUUAUUAUUAUCAUUAUUAUUAUUAUUUAAAUUUCUGGGUCACUUAUCCAUGUUUUUUUUAAUCGUAGCGUAUUUAUUGAAAAUUGAGAACAUGCCUAUAAAAAUGGGUCCUUAUACAGUUCCUUAUUAUUAUUAUUAUUAUUAUUAUUAUUAUUAUUAUUAUGUGGUAUUUUACGGUUGUAUGUAACACUGUGAAUGAGCCUUAACGUGGUCAGUCAGGGUUUGCAGCAACACACAAGCUAAACGACUAAACUCAGGUUUUCAUGCGUUCUGACAAUAAAACUAAAAUUAAAUAAUGUGUAAAGAAAAUAUGAAAUUAUUUGCUGAAUAAACUUUGAUUUAUCUACUAAGUGGCUAAAGCUGGGGAUCAUCUGAUCACUUGUAUCAGGGCAGGAAUAGGCCUACUCAAGAAAUUAAAUUUUUUUUUGCAAAAAAUAUUAUUACAUUUUUGUAAAUUUGAUUAUUUUAGGUCUAUAAUUUGAUGCAAAUUAAAAUGUAAGAUUUGCAUUAUGAAUUGGCGUUUUUCUCCUAGAGAACCAUAUCCGAAAUCAAGGCUAUUUAACAUCCAGUUCACUUAAAUAUAUAUUUUAUUACUGACCCUCCUUGUUGUGUUUUUUUCACACCUUUGUGAUCAGAUCACAGAACUAUUAGCCCUCCAUUUCCGUUCAGAUAUCUGUGUUUUACUCAGUGGCUUUUUGAAGAAAAAAAUCAGUUUUUUUUUUUGAUAAAACUUUACUUCUAUUUACACCUCGGUGUGAAUUUAUACCAGUUUGUUGGUUUUGUUGAUUAUUUUCCCUGUAAAUACAGACUGAACGUGGUUCACAAUUAAGAAAUAAAGUAUUGUACUAUUUCCU